UACCCGCAUCCCCGGAGGCGAAGUCCAACACCCAGGAAGCAAAUCCGGAAAGGGUAAACUUGUCCGAGAGGUCAACUGAGGGAGAAGUGGGGGUGGUCGAUACUCACUUCCACCUUGACCGCCUGACCAGGGAAUUGGGGCUUUCUGUCACUGCCUCAUAUGAGGAUAUCAUCAGGUGCGUGGGGCAGGCACCAGCAGGUCAAUCGGUUAGGAUUAAAGGGGUGGUCACUUCCUUUUGUGAUCCCCAGUCCUUCCCCUCGCUCAUGGGGGUGGAGGAGCUACGGUCCCGGGAGGUGUAUACCACAGUGGGGGUACAUCCUAAAGAAGUACCUUCACUAACCAGGCAUGAGCGGGAGCUCAUGUUCCAACUCUGGGACUCCCGUCGCCUGGUGGGUUAUGGGGAGUUUGGGCUGGAUAGGACCACUCACCCAUAUGAGUGGGUGGCUCAGGAGGAGUUCCUGCAGGAGUUGCUGCGGUGGGUGCCUCCUGAGGGGGUUUUAGUCCUUCAUGCCCGGGGUGUACCUCGGGAUAGGCUCAACAUGGAGUCGACCCUGAGGCUCCUGACAUUAUGUCAGGCAGCUGGGGUACCCAGUAUGCAGUUUAUCCAGCUGCAUUGUUUCCAGGGAUCCACCGAUUUACUAAAUCGGUGGAGGGAGGCUUUCCCAAACACCUUUUUCAGUGUGAAUAAUGGGGUGGGAAGCUUUGACGCAGACCAGUUGGCUGGUCUGAAGAGUAUCCCCUCCGAUAGGUUACUCUUGGAAACCGACGCGCCCUAUUUUGCUCCCCGUGGGUAUUCCCAUAACGCCCCACACUUGCUGGGUAUCACCGCAGUAUUGGUGGCCCGUAUCCUGGGGGUUUCCCCUCAGGUGCUUAUGUCCCGCACUUGUGAUAAUGCGAACAAGUUGUUCUUUCACGACUAAGUGCGUGAUAAGCCUAUGUCCGGGGGUUUCCCCUCGGGCUCCCAUGUCCCCAUGUCCAGAAUGUGAACUGGCCUGUCUUUCUGUGGUCUUUCUGUUGAAUUUGGUACUCUUUGCCUUUAACUUGGGUGAUGAGACCCCUGUCCGUUUAGUAUUUAGUUUGGUUAAUCUUACUAUCUGUUGUAUUACUCGUUCUAUGGGACUUUAUCUGUGGAGCGGUUAGGGAGUAACAAUUAUGUCCCACCUGGAUGUUGGUCCCCAAAAAUCCCGUUCGUCCUCUGUCCCUAUAUGCUUGUGCUUGUACCUUCUCUUUGCGAGCAGUUUGUGGAAUUUCACUCAUUCCCGAACGGUCAUGUAUCCACUCACCCCAGAGUAGGGGCCAAACUUGGUCAAAUUAGAGUUAGAGGCAAUUUCGCCUCCCCCUAGGUUAACCGGUUUCAGUCUUAGCUAGGCCAUCCCUAUAGACCAGGAUUAGUUCCUUUUAUUUGCCCCACCCCUGGGGAGACCCAAAGAUUCUACCCCGGGGACCUGGUUUAUAAGAAAGGGAGGAGUGUAGUGAAUAGUGGUCUGAGACCGGUGCAGAG